GUAAAUAAAGCCUUAAUUAUCUAGCUACAGAAAACGCUAAAUGUGAGUAUCAAUUUAGGGAAGAAAGGGUGAAGAACAGGGAAAACAGUUCAACCUUCAGACUGCAAGAAUCAAUUCAGAAGGCCAAAAAGUACAAAAAUUUCAUCAUCCCCAUCACCUCUGGAUUAGGGUAAUUACUGAAGUGAAGCGCAAAAGAUGGCAGAACUGAGCCUUGGUAUACUUAUAGAUAUUGUUGAUGAGGAAUGGAUGAGAGAUACUCUGCCUGAUGACGAUCUUCCACUGCCACCUGUAAUGGUUGCUCGAACUGAUGAUACCGAAGACUCAAAUCAUGAGACUCAACAAGUGGAUGACAAUACCUGGCAUGAUCUUGAAUUAAGUACUCAAUGAGGGUAUUGGAUGCUGGCAAUGCUUGGAACCUUUGUAUGAAAAUGGUUGCCAUGUCUAUUGUUGAUUGUGUAGCCACAAGCCAUUGAUGUGAAGGGUAAUUUGAAUUUUACAUAUCUGAGCUAACUGCAUUUGAGUAUUCAAGUUCUUAUGCAUUGUGGUCCAAGCUGCUUUUACUACAUUGUAGAUUCACCUCUUUUAUUUGGCAAUACUUUGCAUGAUGGCGGUUUUUUACUUAUAUAAUAUAUAAAAAAAAAAUACUGAAAUGGUAUGUUCCAAAAAUUAUGUGCCAAAAUGGUACAUUCAAAGGGGUGGAGGGUGGUGCAUAGGCGGCACCACCCUAAUAUUCUGACAGCAUUUGUUAAAAAAAUAAUAAUAAUAUUUUAGUAGUGGUGCCAAAGUGAUAGGCGGCAUUACUUUUUCUUUGUUAGUUUGUAAGCAGAGAAUUAUGUAUCCAAAUGAGUAAUUAUGUGAAAAUUUUUAAUGAUAUUUUUUUUCACAUGUUUUAUUUUUUUUAUUUUUUUAAAUAUAAUUUAAAAAUAAAUGGUAGAAUUAAAAAAAUACCAUAAAUGUAUUAAAUAAUUAUCAUAUUUAAAUUAUUUAUUUUUAUUAAUUGAGCCGGAUGGGGAGGAGGGAAAAUACUAUUGGUGCCGCCUAUCAAAUAGGCAUCAAACCCCUAUAUCCCUAAGUGGUGCCGCUUAUCACUUAGGCACCACUACUAAAAUAUUAUUAUUAUUAUUUAACAGAAUGCUGUCAAAAUACUAGAGUAAUGUCGCCUAUGCAUCACCCUCCACCCCUUUAAAUGUAUCAUUUUAGUACAUAACUUUUGGAACAUGCCUAUUCAGUAUUUUUUUUUAAAAAAAUAUUAUACAGGUAAAAAAACCCGAAUGAUAGUUAAAGCUUCGGAAGCAUUCGUGUUGAACAUAUUUUAAGAUGAGUAUAAGAAUAUGAUCUCUAAUGAUUUUAAAUA